GUCAGCUCGGGUUUGCUCCCCGUGGCUCCAGAAGCUGCGCCAAGGGGCUGUAGCAGAGACUGCCCGUCGCUGCUGGUCCCCGGGACCGCGUCGCUUCCCAUGGACUUAUCUCCUUCAAAAGGCGCCGGGAUUCACACUGGCAGGAAGGCACACCCGACUCAAGGAAACCACAGUUACCAAGUGACAAGCUCACAACACAUGAACGCUACAGCAAGCUGAAGAAAAGCACCAGCCGAGAAGAAGUAUGAGUCACGACUCAAAGUUACAGCCCUAUCAGAAUCACAGGUCUGAUGUCUCAGACGGCCAGCGGACCGGUCAGGAGAGGACACUGGCUGUGCUGCUGGAGCAGGCCUUCAGGAUCAAAGAGGACGUCGCAAACGGUCUGCAGUCCACUCGGGGCUCGGUCCAGGUCGAGGCACUUUCCCGCAAGCUGCUAGAGAAUCACAUAUUGACCAUCACACGCAUUGUGAAGCAGCUUAGUAUAGACAUACAGGCCCUGGAGAGACAGAUCGCCCAGCGAGACUCUAUCAUCUCUGGAACCACAAUGGCAGUUCAAAGCCUGGACCAGAAGAACAUGGCUGGUAUUGGAGACCUGAGAGGAAGGGUAGCCAGGUGUGAUGCCAGCAUCGCCAAGCUGAGCUCUGACGUGAGCUCUGGGGACCGCCAGCUGAUUAGACUGCAGCAGGAGGUGGCAGAGCUCAGGUCAGCUGUGGAUGUGCGGCUCAAAGAGAUGGAAGUCAAGCUUCAUCAUGACCUGGGGAGACUGGAGGCUUCUUUGUCAGAGCAUUCCCAGGGCCAAAGGAGCUCCAUGUCUGAACUACACACACAGGUUAAACUACAAGAAGCCAAGAUGUCAGACGAACUGAAGGAAGCCAAGCAGCAGACAGAUUCGCUGAGGAAGUGGACAGAACAACAGCUCAACAACUCAGUCCAGCGCUGCACACAACAACAGGACAAAAUGUUAGAGGCAUCGUCUAGAUCAGCUGACCGGCUGCGUGCUCUGGAGGCCCGUGUGGAGCAGUUUGAGAUCCAGCUGGACCAGGCCAACCGCAGUCAGGCAGAUCAGCUCAAACGGUCUGAAACCAAACUCAGUAAAAGGAUGACCUCAGUGGAGAGCAGCCUUCAUCAGGAGCUGCAGCUGCUCAAACAGGAAUGCCACAAAGGGUUCCUGUCUGUGCAUGAUGCCAUCGAGUCCCUGAGGCAGAUCGCUGACAUCAAAUCCCACCUUGACAAGAAGAAGCUUCAGAGGGAUAUACGGCACAUCUGCAGCAAGGUGGAGGAGCUCAAUGACUUGUGACACCAUCAACUGAAGAGGAGCCCCUUGUUACUGUCACACAUCGCCCGAAGCAAUAGUUUGAGUCACACCAAAAGGCAUGACUGUCAGUGGCGGUGUUAUUCACAUCUUAUUCUACGAGCCCACAUCCAUUUAGACUGCGGCUAUAUUUAAUGUUUGAAAAUCAGAGAAAUUAUCGAGCAGUUGUAAUCAGAACACACACACACACAUUAAUUACAGACAUCUGAUAUUUUUGUGGAAGAUAAUUGUUUCAAUCAUUCAUAUUUGCCAGUGUCAGUGACAGGAGUAGUUAAUUUUCAGUUUAAAAAGUAAAAGAAUAAGAUUUCCUUUUAUAAAUAUACAAAAAUAUAGUAGUAUGUCUUGGCUGAAUACUGGACGGCUAUUUUUAAGAGCGCUCCAAUCAGGAUUUUUGAGGCUUCUAUUUAUUGUGUAGCUUUAUCUAUUUAACUAUUUUUAACAACAUUAACUAUUAAAAUUAAGGAAUCAUAAAGCAUUAUGAAUUGAUAACUGUUUGUUUAUUGGCAGGCAACAUACGUAACUCUUAGAGAUGCACUUUAAACCAGAGCAGCCUACUCUUGGUUAGUGGAAGUGGUUAACAAGAUACAGU